AUGGAAAAAUGGCGGUUCAAUUCGAUCUUAUCCAAUGUGGAAUUAGGAUACAGGUGUAGGCUAAGUAAAUCAAUGGAUAGUUUCAGUUCUCUUGAAAAUACCAGUAUAAGUGAAGACCCAAUUCUAAAUGAUACAGAUAAAAACACCUAUAGUUGGAGUAAUAGUGACAGCUCUAGUUACAGUAAUGUUGAUCAUUUAGUCGGUGUCAGGGACAUUCAGAAUUUCAGCGCCGAUGAAACUUUUUUAGUUAGGGAUAGUAAUAGGGACAGUUAUUCCAUAUAUUUUGAUAUUGAAAAUAAAGUUUUUGAGAUUGACAAUGAUCAUUCUUUUCUGAGUGAACUAAAAAGUUCUUUUUAUAGUUAUUGGAAUUCUAGUUAUCUGAAUAAUGGGUUUAGGAGUGGCGACUCCCACUAUGAUCAUUAUAUGUAUGAUACUAAAUAUAGUUGGAAUAAUUACAUCAAUAGUUGCAUUGACAGUUAUCUUCGCUCUCAAAUCUGUAUUGAUAGUUAUAUUUUAAGUGGUAGUAACAAUUACAGCGAAAGUUACAUUUAUAGUUACAUUUGUGGUGAAAGUGGAAAUAGUAGUGAAAGCGAUAGUUCCAGUCUAAGAACUAGCACGAGUGGUAGCGAUUUAAUUAUAAGAGAAAAUUCUAAUGAUCUCGAUAUAACUCAAAAAUACAAGCAUUUGUGGGUUCAAUGCGAAAAUUGUUAUGGAUUAAAUUAUAAGAAAUUUUUUAAGUCAAGAAUGAAUAUUUGUGAACAAUGUGGAUAUCAUUUGAAAAUGAGUAGUUCAGAUAGAAUUGAACUUUUGAUUGACCUAGGCACUUGGGAUCCUAUGGAUGAAGACAUGGUAUCUCUGGAUCCCAUUGAAUUUCAUUCAGAAGAGGAACCUUAUAAAGAUCGUAUUGAUUCUUAUCAAAGAAAGACAGGAUUAACUGAGGCUGUUCAAACAGGCACAGGUCAACUAAACGGCAUUCCCGUAGCAAUUGGGGUUAUGGAUUUUCAGUUUAUGGGGGGUAGUAUGGGAUCCGUAGUAGGUGAGAAAAUCACUCGUUUGAUCGAGUAUGCUACCAAUAAAUUUUUACCUCUUAUUUUAGUGUGUGCUUCCGGAGGAGCACGCAUGCAAGAAGGAAGUUUGAGCUUGAUGCAAAUGGCUAAAAUAUCUUCUGCAUUAUAUGAUUAUCAAUCAAAUAAAAAGUUAUUUUAUGUAUCAAUCCUUACAUCUCCUACGACUGGUGGGGUGACAGCUAGUUUUGGUAUGUUGGGGGAUAUCAUUAUUGCUGAACCUAAUGCCUAUAUUGCGUUUGCAGGUAAAAGAGUAAUUGAACAAACAUUGAAUAAGACAGUACCUGAAGGUUCGCAAUCGGCCGAAUUUUUAUUCCAUAAGGGCUUAUUUGAUCUAAUCGUACCGCGUAAUCUUUUAAAAGGCGUUCUGAAUGAGUUACUUCAGCUCCACGAUUUCUUUCCUUUGAAUCAUAAAUCAAGUAGAAACCUUAAGUUAAAAAGUUAA